CAUCUGUCAUUUCACCCACAACUUGUUCUCUCAAAACAAAAAGAAACUAGGAAAAGAAGAAACGACGGUUUUAGCUACACGGAAAGGAAAAUUGUCAAUCGCGUGUGUUUUGAUUUUCCAAAUCUAACAUCAAAGCAAACUCUUUUCCCAUUCUUCAAAGAAAAAACAAUCAAAGAUAUUUCCCAACACUCAACCCACCAUAUUUUUGGGAGCAAAAGUGAUUUCAUUUGUGAAGAAAUAUGUCUUCAGAUGCGCCAAACUGGCGCCAAUCAAUCAUAACACGGAUAAUUGAUCGCAAUAAACGCGAAUCAUCCUACCACAAGGAACUCAUCCAACAAAAUAAUCGCUUCUAUGACACCGUUGUCCAAUUGGAGGCAGAGAACCUUCGGAUCAAUGUCGAGAACGAGAAGCUGCGAACUGCCGUGGCAACAGGUGGCAAGGACUCUGGAGGUUCCUUCGCUGUUCUCGAGCGUCUGCUGGCCGAGCAGAAGCAUCUCACCGAGUUGCACAAGCGGAAGGGCGACAAUUCCCAGAUGAUUGUCGACCUGAGCAUGAAAGUCGAGGAGCAGCGCAAGCUUCUCGCCGAAAAAGAUCUUAACUGCGCCGAGCACAUGAAGAUGAAUCAAAUCUUACGCGCCGAGUCGGCUAUGUUGAAAUCAAGUCUCGAAGAACUCAAGAAGCUAGACACAACCCUCCGAGAUGAACACACUGCCCUCCAACUGGCAUUUAGUGCGCUCGAGGAGAAAAUGCGGGGGAUUCAGGAUGAAAAUCGAAGCCUUUUAGAACGUCUGAUGAAAUACAAAUCCAAGGACGCUGAUAAACUAAACGAAGAAAACGAAAGCUUCCUAAAAAAAAGACUGCCGUCACUUUUCAGAAAACGGUCCGACAAAUUACGCCGCGAUUUGGAAGACGCCGUCCGUGAGACACGCAACUCAAACAGUCCAAACGAUCUGCCACCUGAAUCUGCAAGUAUUGCUGGUGGCGAUCAAGGAGGAGGUGUUGGCGGUGGCGGUGACUUUUUAUACGAUGAGAUGUUAAUGUUGGCCGAUGAGGUUAAACUAUCGCCUGGUACCGGUCCGGACCGCUUCCAUUCAUCAGAACCAGAAUUGAUAAUGAAAUUCGAAGCUCAUGAAACCGAAGCCAGUGCAGUACGCUGGAAUCCGGUGGAGAAAAUGGUUGCCACUGGUGGUGCCGAUCGGAGGGUUAAACUUUGGGAUGUUAAUAAGCAUAUAACAGGAACAACAACAGAAGCCAGAGCAGUUCUGGGCGGUAGCAGUGCUGGUAUCAAUUCGGUGGAGUUUGAUUCAACGGGUUCAUAUAUCCUCGGAACAUCAAAUGAUUUUGGAGCAAGGCUGUGGACAGUUGCGGACCAUCGUUUAAGGCAUACUCUUACUGGACACAGUGGCAAAGUGAUGGCAGCUAAAUAUGUACAAGAACCCCACAAAGUGGUCACCGGAAGUCAUGAUAGAACUUUAAAGAUAUGGGAUCUCCGGAGUAUAGCCUGCAUUGAAACGAAAUUCGCUGGCUCUUCCUGCAAUGAUCUAGUGACCAGCGACAGUCUGGGAUCAACCAUUAUAAGUGGUCAUUGGGACAAGAAAAUACGUUUCUGGGACAUUAGAACGGAGAAGCAGUGUGUUGAUCUGGCCAUGCCAGCUAAAAUAACAUCUCUAGACUUGUCAAAGGACUGCCUUUACCUCAUUUGCUCGGUUCGUGAUGACACAAUUAAACUGAUAGAUCUUCGUAAGAAUCAAGUAAUUGGAUGCUUUUCCAACGAGUCAUUUAAACUCAGCUGUGAUUGGUCUAGGGCGGCUUUCAAUUAUAAUGCCACAAAAGUUGCAUGCGGCUCGUCGGACGGAUUGAUAUAUGUGUGGAAUGUUGCUUCAAAAGAAUCAUACACACUCAAGGGACAUAAUUCCUGUGCCGUCAUUGCAGUUGCAUGGUCACCAACUGGUUCCGAAUUAGCUUCAGUUGGAAAAAGUCGACGUUGUAUUAUUUGGAAUGACGCGUAGCCAAAAUUAUUAAUUAUUUACAUCACACUCAAAGCUAUAUUACUACUACUACUACGCAUUCACAUAAUAGAACCGUUUAGAUUUUCAUUAAAUCACAUAACGGAAUCAGGAGGUUUUUUUUUUACAAAAAUCUAAAACUAGUGAUAAUUUUCUUCUCCGUCAUAUUAUUUUUAUAUAAUCAUAAAAUUUGAAAUAAUAAUAAAAUUAAAAUAAAAACUUUAUAAUAAUAAUUGAUAAAUUUAAAGACUUUCUCUUUUUCCUAUAUAUUGUUAUAAAAAUAAAAAAUUAAUGAUUUUGUAAUAAUUAAAAAGAUAUAUAAGCAAAAUUUAUAUAAUUUCUUGUAUAAGCGUUUUCAAAUUUUUUGGGUAUGUAUAAUUAUAAAAUAUUGUUUAGUUUAAGAAAUUAUAGAAAUAAAAAUACAAUUUUGUAACGAAUUUAUUUUUAAAUAUAAAAAAAAACAUUUUGCUUAGAUUUAGUUCUUAAGAGUGGAUAAUAUUAGUUUUAUUUUUAUUUUUAAUCGAGGUUAUUUCAAUCAAAUGUGAGCUCCAACAUCACAAUUAAAAAAUAUAUGAAUUCAAUUUUGUCCAAAUAAUUUAGGUUUACCUCGACGACCCGACGAUGAACUUAUUUUAGCUAACAGACCAACAACAUGCGAAGCUUAUAAAUGUUUAUAUAAAAAUAUAAUAUUAAAUAUAUAACUUUAUAAAUAUAACCGUUCAAAUUUGUAACUGUAAAUUAAAAAUUAAAUUUUAAAAGAGGAUACAAUUUAUUAAAGAAAACAAAAUUUUAAAUAAAAUAUAUAAAAUAUG